GCUCCAUGAGGUCCCUUCCAUCUCUCAAGAAAGAAUCUGGGGAAGGAGAAAUCUUUCUAUAACCCCGUUUUACAGGACCACAGCAGUAUGUCUCUGGAGAAGUUAUGUGAGGAAGAGGCAGAGCACCAGACCUUGACCCGGGUCCUUGGAACCAGUGCUGUUUUCAGGAGACUCGAAUACCCAAAAUUGUCUAUCAGGGGCCUUCUCUUGCCAAACAAGAUUGAUGAACACUUUCAUCAUGGGCAGGAUGCCAUGUCCAAAGGGGAGUGGGAAAAGGCUGUACUCUCCUUCUCCAAAGCCAUCAACCUUAAUCCCCAGCUGGUGGAAUCCUAUGUUCUUCGGGCUGAGGCCUAUCUCCAGCUGUGUGACUUUGCCUCGGCCGCCCAGAACCUUCGAAAGGCUGCCUCAUUAACCCCACACCAGUCCCAGAAUAUAGAGCGCCUCUGCUUUGUCCUCUAUUUGCAGGGCCAGUGUCUCUUUGAACAACAAUCAUACCUGAAAGCCUUAGACCUGUUCACCCAGGCUUCCGAGCUGCAGCCUCAUAAGCCUUCCUACCGCUUCCGCAGCAUAGCUUGCCUUUUGGCCAUGAAACGAUACCAGGAAUGCCUCCAGAUGGUCACAAAAGAGUUGAAACAGGAUUCCAACCCUGAUGUCUACAUCCUCCGUGCUCGACUCUAUAACUACUUCCUAAAGCCAAAUCAGUGUUAUCAAGAUCUGCGCCGGGCCCUCACCCUUAAGCCUCAGCACCCUGAGGCCACCACCCUGCUGGAGAAGUUGUUGGCCCAAGCCAGGAAGGCUCAGGAGGAGGCAGUGGUCCUGGCCUUGAAGGGGAGCCUGGAGGAUUCUUUGAUCCGGAUCAACUGUGCCAUUGAGAACAGCCCAAUGGACCCUGGCUACUACUUGUUCAGGGGCACUCUGUUUCGGAGGCUCAAAGACUUUGAUGCAGCUAUUAAAGACUUGCUCAGGGCCCUGGAGUUAAGCCCAGAAGAGGAGGAGGAUGAGAUUGCCAGGCAGGCCCAGUGCCAGCUGCUGCUCACCUACAAUGACUUUGCAGUCUUCUGCUACAUCAAGGGUGCCUAUGAAGAAGGCGUGUUGCUCCUCACUAAGGCCCUACGGGGCGAAAAAAGAGAGAAGGGGAUCUACAUCAACAGAGGGGAUUGUUUCUUCAAGCUUGGAGAGCUGACCUUUGCUGAGGCUGAUUACCUGGAGGCACUGGCCCUGUGCCCUGGGGACCAAGGUGCUCGGUACCGCAUGGGAAUGCUUCAGGAGAAGCUGGGGCUUCGCGAGCAUAAGCUGAGACGAUACCACAAGGCCGAACAACACUUCUUAGCCAUUGAGUACAACCCAGAGAAAGCAAACUUCUACCUCCUCCGUGCCAGGAACCGCCUAAUGCUGCAGGAUAUCUUUGGGGCUCGUCAAGAUGUUGCUACCCUGCUGCUUCUCAACCCCAAACACCCCCAGCUCAUUUCUACGAUGGCAAACCUCUUCCCUGGCCACUCCAUAGAGUCUGUGCUGAACAGCAAGACCAUGGUGAUGGCUAAAACCAUCCUGGAGAGGGCGAUGCAGAACCAGCUUCUCCAGUGCCCCCAGGAUGUCCUGGGACUCCUGAAGAAGGGCGAUUCCACAGAGAAGGAUGUGAACAAGAGGCCAUUCACCAUACCCACCGCGGAGCAGACCCCCAACUCUGGAGAGAGGGGGCUCCCUGACAACAUUCCUAUGGUUCAUACAGCAGGGAUCCAGGAUCAGACUCUGAUCAAGAACAACACAAGGCAAACAGCGAGUCAAGACGAACAGCCUGGAAGCCCCCCAAGGCACCCAGCUUCUCCAGGGCAGACACCCUCCUUGGAGGCCAAGACUGCUGCCACAUAGACCAAAGUGAAGGCUAAAGUACAACGGUCUUUCCCUGAACCAGUGUGUUGACAACCCUGGCUUCUCCUUCCCCCGCCC